AUGCAGUUCGAGCCUGCGGAGCCGAAUACGGGCGCCCUUUCUUCAAUCGAACUUCAAACGAUGCUGGCGGCCGCCCUUCCCCCCGCCCCCCUCCUCUCGGGCCCGACGCCUCGGACCGGCUCAAAGCAGACUGGCCAUGGCCCAAUUCCGCGUGACCUCCGUGAAGCAGACGCAACACCGGCCAAGCAACCAAGUCCUGAAGGGGAGGUUCGACCCGCUACUGGAAGCCAUCGACUCCACGCCUUCAGCAGUGCAGCAUGGUCUCAUCAUGUCCACUCAGCCAGGUCAGUUCACUGGCUUUCUGUUGCCAGUAUGGGGGCGCAAUCUACGACUCAGUCUCGUCAGAUCAUCGGUAUCCUCCUGUGA